AUGUCACAAGACGGACAGCCCAGUACUGCAGUUGGAUUCCAACAGCAAGGCACAGUGGACUGGACCAGAGUACUUAGUGGGAGUGUCACGUUCUCCGUCGACGUUCUAUCACGGCUAUCAAAAGCAGGUGUCGAAGCCUUCACAAUCUACACUGCCAGGGCGAUCUUUUUCAAUGUCAAGAUAGGUCCAAAUGGCGAGUUACGCCUUCACCGGGCCCUCGAUAGACUCAGUGCUUUCCCUUCAUUUGGUAAAGCACUCUGGUUUGGGUUCGGGGUUAAGAAUAUCAUAUGGAGCUUGCAAGAAUCUACAGAAGGCUUGAACUGUCUUGGUAUCUGUGCCUGCUUAACAGAGGGAUACUCCACGAUUGUUGGUGCAAAGAUUAUAAGAGAGCUCUUUCUCCUGUAUAAUCCACCAGCUGAGCUUACCCCUGCACUGAGGCAGUGGUUCGCGUUGGUCGAGUGCUCCGGCGGAUUACUCGCCUCAUCUGAAUUCGGUUUGCCGACGAGCUCCUGGAUCGCCAAAAAAAACAUGGCAUUCGUGUUGAAGGAAGUCUUCGAAGUCUCAGCGGGACGCCUUGAUCGUCUUUUUUUGUCAGGUGGUGCAGACUGCGCUUGGAUUGCCACGGUAGCCCAUUGGCUUCUGGACCUCCGAGUUGAGGUCCGAGAUCGGGAUGGCACGAUUAUCUAUCUCCCUGAUGGCACGCGAAAUGACUCCUCUCCGGAUGCCCAAAUUAUCAUAACUUACGAUCAAGGGUAUUCAAGUGAAAUACUUCGAGUUAACAGAAAGCACUACGUUAUCCCUGGGGGCAAAUUUCUAUUUCGUUGUUCAGAAGAUGAAGCUCGGAGUACUGGGGCUUGUUUGGGUUCUGCCGCGCGCAUCUUCCUGGCUACUAUGAGAGAUGGCAAGGGCCAUUUAGAAUUUUCAGAAGGAAAAGAUCCGCGAGCUUCUUUCCCGCCAAUAUCAGAAUCCAGCUACGGGAGGGGGUUUUGUCUACUGGCUCGUCGCCUCCUUCCAGAACUCGGUCAAAAUCCAGUCUUACACCAGACAAUGGAGACGGCUUUAAACAAAGGAUACUUGGACGCUGCUCAACAGUUUUCUCAAUCUUGCGCUUCCUUGAGUCAGCUAUGUUCAUGCAUAAAGUGUCGCUCAAAUGUGGGCGAUGAGAGAGGGUACACCGACUUCUGCUUGCUCAUGUUGAUACCAACUAUUUGUACUCUUGUCAGAGCUAUGUCGACUAUCUGCAUGCAACAAGAUCUUAAAGUAAAACCAACGUGCUCCGGUUUAGAGAGCCUAUACUGGGCCCAGAGCGAUGCAAUUGGUUAUCCACUCAGCUGCGACCCGGUUGCUGACGGCUUACUGGGACCUUGGCCUAAGCGUACCCUGACGUUGGCCCAAAUGCUUUUCGCGGGACGACAAAAUGAUAGGGAUUUGGGUAGUGGUAGUGUUGUUGCAGCUUCGCACAGUGGACUUCGUUUCUGUCUUGAUACUUUGACGGAGAUCACAUCUGAUCCUCAGAGAGCUUGUGUCGUGACAGUUGUUCCUGGUAAGAUCGAGUGGAACAGCUUUAUGUACGACAUGGUACGUGAUCAGGAAGCAUCGAAAACGAGUACUCCACGGGGGACUGGCUACGAUGCAGUCUCCAUGACGACUGUGACGAAAUAUGAUGACUUAGCUGAUAGUUCGACUCCUGGCCUCACUGCCGAACUUGUUAUUGAAGAGAUGUUUCCGGAAAGCUCCAGUCUUUCUGCCAUCUACCGAGUUUCAACUGCAGCAUUCCCCGGUCGACAUUUCUCAUUAGGGGCCGCAGGAAUUUGGGGAGAGGCUCAACUUCGCGUUCACAGUUGCAAGUUGUGAAGGCAAGACGUGUGAUUCGCUCAAUGGGUUCCAGUCUAUUCUUGUCCAAGG